AUGUGUGGAAUUUUCGCGUGCCACCAUCAUCCCGAUGUGCAAAAGUUCAAGCCUACAGCUUUGCGCAUGGCCAAGGCUGUGCGCCAUCGCGGUCCCGAUUGGAGUGGAAACUUCUGCGCUCAGAGCACUAUCCUGGCGCACGAGCGUCUGAGUAUCGUCGGUGUUGACUCCGGUGCCCAGCCCCUUGUCAACGAUGACAGCACCCUUGCCCUCGCGGUCAACGGUGAGAUCUACAACCACCGCCUCAUUCGCAAGCACCUUCGCCACAAGUACAACUUUAAGACACACUCCGAUUGUGAAGUUAUCCUCCCCUUGUAUGAGGAGUACGGCCUCGAUUGCCCCAAGCACCUUGAUGGCAUGUUCUCUUUCGUUCUCUGGGACAAGAAGAAGGACCGUGUUGUUGCUGCCCGUGACCCCAUUGGUGUCACCAGCUUCUACCUUGGCCGGUCCUCAUCGACUCCCGGCGCCGUCUACUUUGCCUCCGAGCUCAACACCGACACCAUGACCCGCUACUUCGAGCCCAAGUGGUGGGACCCCGCCAACGUCCCCACGACCCCGGUUGACUAUAAGGUGAUCCGCCACAGCCUCGAGAAGGCCGUCCGCAAGCGUCUGAUGGCCGAGGUGCCCUACGGUGUUUUGUUGUCUGGUGGUUUGGACUCCAGCUUGGUCGCAUCUAUCGCCCAGCGCGAGACCCUCCGCUUGGCCGAAGCUGCCCGCAACAUUCCCCAGAACACCAACGCGGACGCUGAGUUGGUUGGAAUCAACGAAGAAAACGAGCUGUCCACCGUCACCACUUUCCAACAGUUGCACUCAUUCUCCAUCGGUCUUCCCGGUGCCCCCGAUACCGCGGCUGCCCUUGAGGUUGCCAAGUUCCUCGGCACCAAGCACCACCCCUUCACCUUCACUGUUCAGGACGGCCUCGAUGCCCUCUCUGACGUGAUCUACCACCUCGAGACCUACGAUGUGACCACCAUUCGUGCCUCUACUCCCAUGUACCUGCUCUCCCGUAAGAUCAAGGCCAUGGGUGUCAAGAUGGUUCUGAGUGGUGAGGGUUCCGACGAGAUCUUCGGUGGCUACCUUUACUUCCACGCUGCUCCUAACAAGGAGGAGCUCCACAAGGAGACUGUCCGCCGUAUCAAGAACUUGCACUUGGCUGACUGCCUCCGUGCCAACAAGUCCACCUCCGCAUGGGGUCUUGAGGCCCGUGUUCCUUUCCUCGACAAGGAGUUCCUUGAGACCGCCAUGGGUGUUGACCCCAAGGACAAGAUGAUCACCCCCGAGCGUAUCGAGAAGCACAUGCUGCGCAAGGCCUUUGACACCACCGAUGAGCCUGGAAACCCUCCCUACUUGCCCGACAACAUCCUCUGGCGCCAGAAGGAGCAGUUCAGUGAUGGCGUUGGCUACAGCUGGAUUGACGGCCUGAAGGAUGAGGCCGAGCGCCAGGUCACCGACGAGAUGAUGAAGAACCCUAAGGCCGAAUGGGGUACUGAUGUUCCCGACACCAAGGAGGCAUACUGGUACCGUACCAUGUUCGAUGAGCACUUCCCUCCCUACUGUGCCGGCACUGUCGAGCGAUGGACCCCUACCUGGUCCAAGCAGAGCGAUCCCAGUGGAAGAGCCAUCGCCAUCCACAACCAGAAGUAUGAGAAGUCGGUGGAGUAA